GUGUUCGACUUUCUCUAUCACCACAAGCAUGUAUAAAAUCGACGAAAUGUUGAUACUUUUUAUCAGUCCGUAGUGAACCCGUCUAAACAACAUCAAAUCGCCAAUCUUAAUCCAAAAUGCUCAAAAUCAGCACUUUCCUUCUGGUUGCACUCGUUGCAGCCACCUCUGCAUUAAUUCCGUCCCACGAAUACUAUUUCCGACAAAAUUCGCCGUACCAACAACACCGACAUCAACUCGACCUCCAUGAUGAAGCCCAAUCACCAGCUCUCAUCGCCGGAGAAUUCUAUCGAGUUAGACGGUCUCCUCAACAGUUUGAAGAUGUUUAUGAAGAGUACUCUCCAGAAGAAGGUUACGAGUUGGAGCGCGUCAGGCGUUCUCUCCAACCUGGUGGUGCUGGGGUACCCAACGGCCCUCAACAAAAUGGUGGAUGGUCGGUAAACCCCAAUCUUGGACGGGACGAUAGCGGAAACACCAGAGGGAAUGUUGAAGUUAGCCAUAAAGGAAAAGACCACGACUUUAAUGCAGGAUGGGGGAAAGUCAUUCGCGGACCCAACAAGGCCAAACCCACUUGGCACGUUGGAGGAACGUACAGGUGGUGAAGAAAUUUAGCUUUGUAAAACAAUUUAUUUAUUUAUUUAUUUAUUUAUUUACAAAUUACGAAGUUUUUGAACAGGGAAUGUCUUCCUUUGGUUGAUCUGUUACAAUAAGCAGUAGUCCGGUUAUAAUAAUAAACAUGCCUGACCACCAUAUUAAA